AUGCCAGCACACGAGAGGAAAACCAUCGCCAUCGUUGGCGCAACAGGGAGACAAGGCGGCAGCGUUGCACGCACUUUCCUCUCGGCUCCCCCGUCCUCACGAUGGCAUGUCCGCUGCCUCACGCGCAAUCCUUCGUCUGAAGCUGCCAGGACACUUGCUGCCCUCGGCGCGGAAAUCAUACAAGCCGACCUCUCCUCCGUACCGAGCCUGGUCUCGGGGUUCUCGUCGGCCCAUGCCAUCUUCGUGAACACCAACUACUGGGAAGUGUAUAGGGGCGCCCUGGCCGCCGGGAAGAGCGACGACGAGGCCUCGCAAUUGGCGUACAACAGCGAGAUCAGCUGGGGCAAGAACGCGGCCACGGCAGCGUCGCAGAUCCCCGAGCUUGAGAAAUUCGUGUACUCGGCCUUCGGCUCGAUGAAGAUCGCCUCCGGGGGCAAGUACGCUCGCUGCCACCAUUUCGAGACCAAGGGCGUGGUCGUGGCGUAUAUCUCUGCAGAGCUGCCCCAGCUGGCAGCGAAGACGAGUUAUAUCUAUGCGUCUUCAUAUUCCGACAAUCCGUUGUUGUACCCGCACAGGGUGCCAUUUGGCACACCGUGGAUCGUGUGGCUGGUCUCGAAACUCCCGUUUCUGGUGCGAUUUCUGCCCACUCCUCCUCCUCCAGGGCACCAAGAGAAGUCCAAAGAAAAGAAGCGGUCCCAGGGUUGGGGCCAAUAUCUCAUGGCUCUUCCGGCGAGGAUGUCGAUGAAGAUUCCGGUCUUUAUACCGCACAUGUCGACUGGUGGGUAUGUGCGUUGUCUGGUGGAGGACGAACCAGCAGGGACAAAGCUGUUGGCAGUUGAUUGGUGGAUUGGGCUCGAAGAGGGCAUGAAGACGUGGGAGAAGGUCACGGGCCGGAGGGCUUAUUUCAUUGAGCUCACCGUGCCGCUCCUCUGCCGCAUGACAGGCUUGAAGGAAGAGGUGGUCGACGGCGCCGCUUAUCUGGCCGAAUAUCCUUACAUGUGUGAACUUUGA